AUGGAAGUUGCACCAGCUUUGUCGACCACGCAGUGUGACGUUGCGUUUCAGAAGGUGGAGGCGAGUGAAAUUGACAGGUCUUCGUAUCUGGGCCCGGACUACAAUGGCGAUGAGCUCAUGCAGCUUAUCUCGAAUUAUUAUAAUAUCGAAGUUCUCAUAGAGUACCUGCAAGGUCAUCCGGAGUACCGAAGCGUAACUCUGCAGUUCCCGGAUGACCUGAUCAAAGACUCCUCGCUGAUAAUAAGGUCGCUGCAGUCGAGGUUCGCGGACGAGACGGUAAAGUUUUGGAUUCUAGCCGACACGGCGUACAGUGCAUGCUGUGUGGAUGAGGUCGCUGCUGAGCACGUCCAGGCAGACCUGGUGGUACAUUUUGGUGACGCGUGCCUCAACGCCAUCCAGAACCUACCCGUCGUCUACUCGUUCGGAACUCCGUUUCUGAAUACGCCCUUAGUGGUGGAGAACUUCCAGAGGGCGUUUCCCGACCUGUCCUCGAAAAUCUGUUUGAUGGCAAAUGCUCCCUUCUCGAAGCACCUAUCGCAACUGUACAGUAUCUUGGCACGUGAUUUGCACUACACCAAUAUCAUAUAUUCCCAAAUAAACACAUCCCUAGCAGGGGACGGUCUCGUCACUAUACUCGAUACUUUCCAUGUUCCAGAGGAUGUGAGUCAGGUCGGUGAAUUCGGCAACAGUAGCACAUUAUUCGGGCAGCAUGACAAAGCCGAGAGUGUCCUGCCUGAGGAAUACCAUCUCUUCCACUUAACUACGCCUCAGGACCCAAGGCUAUUGUACUUGUCCACUACGUUCCAGUCCAUACAUAUCUUUGAUCCGGCCUUAUCGGGGCUGGUGACAGGGCCCUUUCCCUCACUCAUGAAGCGUUACAAAUACAUGCAUGUGGCGAGAACGGCAGGCUGUAUAGGCAUCCUGGUCAACACUCUGUCGCUACGCAACACCAGAGAAACCAUCAAUGGGCUGGCUAAGCUCAUCAAAACUCGUGAGAAGAAGCAUUACUUGUUUGUCGUCGGGAAGCCGAAUGUUGCCAAACUGGCAAACUUCGAGGAUAUCGAUAUUUGGUGCAUUCUCGGUUGCAGUCAAAGUGGCAUCAUCGUUGACCAGUUCAACGAGUUUUACAAGCCGAUCAUAACGCCUUACGAGCUGAACUUGGCGUUGAGCGAAGAGGUCACAUGGACCGGCAAGUGGAUUGUGGACUUCAAAGACGCCAUCGAUGAAAUCGAACAGAACAUGGGCGGAGGCGAUGCAGCCUCCGCCAGUACCACCACAGAUGAGCCGGAGUUCGACGUGGUCAAGGGCAGAUACACUAACCUGUCAAGGCCACUACGAGCACUAACGCACCUGGAGUUGGAGACGGCAGAUGACUCCAAGCAGCUAACUACAAGACACACCGCCUCGGGCGCCAUCAUCAAGGGCACCGUAUCUACUUCAGCAUCGGCGCUACAAAACCGUUCAUGGAAGGGUCUCGGGAGCGACUUUGAAUUCACCGAGGUUGAUGAAACCGGUGCGGAUAUUGAAGAAGGUAUAUCCGGUGUCGCACGUGGUUAUGGGUUCGAUCGCAAGGACGCCAUAAACAAGGACGACAAGUAA